UAGUAUAUGCUUGUGUUGUGUAUGUGCUCCGCGGCUCAGCCUCCAUCGAAGCCCAUCCUCUCCUGCGACUUGGCCAAUCCAUCCAUGACCUUCGCAACUGAGGGAGUAACACCAUAUUGACCUCUUUCCCACAAUGGCAGCAACGCUCACGCUUCAUCUCUCCCGCCUUGCCCGUCACUUCCCUCUCUCUUGUCCAAUUCUGAGCCUUCCAAAGUCUCAUGUCCUCACCUUCCGCCGGAGGCCUAGCCGACGCCCCCUCUUCUUCAGCUGCCACUUCUCCCGCCGGCUUUCCGUCUCCGCUGUUUCGGGCUCUCAUGGUACAGACUGGAAGGAUAAUGUUGGAGCAGUAGAUGAAAGAUUUGAUGUCAUUGUAGUUGGAGGAGGACAUGCAGGCUGUGAGGCUGCACUUGCCUCUGCUCGAUUAGGGGCAAAAACUCUUCUUCUCACACUAAAUAUUGAUCGAAUUGCUUGGCAGCCUUGCAAUCCAGCAGUAGGUGGACCUGCAAAAUCACAACUAGUACAUGAAGUGGAUGCACUUGGUGGUGAAAUUGGGAAGGUUGCUGAUAGGUGCUAUUUACAAAAGCGUGUUCUCAAUGUCUCUAGAGGUCCUGCAGUUCGAGCGUUGCGUGCACAAACCGAUAAACGGGAAUAUGCUAUGCAAAUGAGAACUAUAGUGGAAAGCACUCCAAACCUUUCUAUCAGAGAGGCAAUGGUGACAGAUAUCCUAAUAGGAAAUAAUGACAAUGUGGAAGGUGUCUGCACAUUUUUUGGGAUGAACUUCUAUGCUCCUUCUGUUAUAUUGACUACGGGCACGUUUAUGAGUGGCAAAAUUUGGGUUGGUAGAACUUCCAUGCCUGCAGGAAGAGCUGGUGAGUCGGCAUCACAUGGACUUACUGAGAACUUGCAGCGCCUUGGUUUUGAAACUGACCGUCUAAAGACUGGAACCCCAGCACGUGUGGAUUGUCGUUCGGUAGACUUUUCUGGAUUGGAACCACAGCAUGGAGAUGAAGAGGUCGGCUGGUUUAGCUUUGAUCCUGAUUUUCAUAUUGAAAGGGAGCAAAUGUGCUGCUAUCUGACACGUACCACAAAGAGCACUCACCAGCUAAUUAAAGAAAACUUGCAUGAAACUCCCACUUACGGAGGAUGGGUCGAAGCUAAGGGACCCAGAUACUGCCCUUCAAUUGAAGAUAAGAUUGUUAGGUUUCAAGACAAGGAGUCUCAUCAAAUAUUUCUUGAACCAGAGGGUCGAAACGUACCAGAGCUUUAUGUCCAGGGUUUCUCAACUGGUUUACCAGAGAGACUACAGUUACCACUCUUAAGAACUUUGCCCGGACUUGAAAAUUGUUCAAUGCUGAGGCCUGCUUACGCCGUAGAAUAUGAUUUUUUGCCUGCUCAUCAAUGCUCUAGGUCACUUAUGACGAAGAAAAUUAGUGGACUUUUCUUCUCCGGUCAGAUAAAUGGAACCACAGGCUAUGAAGAGGCUGCAGCGCAGGGCAUCAUUUCUGGUAUCAAUGCUGCUAGACAUGCAGAUGGUAAGCCUCUUAUUGUUCUUGAGAGGGAGAGCAGUUAUAUAGGGACACUGAUUGAUGAUCUGGUCACUAAGGAUCUUCGAGAGCCUUACCGAAUGUUGACAAGCCGCUCAGAACACCGAUUGCUACUUCGAUCUGAUAAUGCUGAUAGCCGUCUCACACCUUUGGGUCGUGAAAUUGGGUUGAUAGAUGAUAGACGCUGGAAACUAUACCAGAAUAAGCAAGCUCACAUUUCAGAGGAAAAGAAACGGUUGAAAACUGUUAGGAUUUCAGGAGGAGAUCUGGCUGCUGAUGUUACUAGCCUGUCUGGCCAGCCUGUAAAGGACUCUUCAACGCUUGAGAGUCUUCUCAAGAAACCACACAUACUUUAUAAAGUUCUUGAUAAGCAUGGUUUUGGGAAUGAAGUCUUAUCUAGAGUGGAGAAAGAAUGUGUUGAAAUUGAUAUCAAGUAUGAAGGCUUCAUUGCACGCCAGCGAAACCAACUUCAACAGAUGGUCCAUCAACAACAUAGACAACUUCCAGAGGACUUGGAUUAUUAUGCAAUGACAACUUUGUCUAUUGAAGCACGUGAGAAACUCUCCAAGAUCAGGCCACAAACCGUUGGUCAAGCAAGCAGAGUUGGUGGGGUGAGCCCUGCUGACAUUACUGCCCUCCUCAUUAUUCUCGAGGCCAAUCGAAGGAAAGUUCACGAACAACAGAGACUACGGAUAUUGACUUCUGUCCGCAUAGACACAGAUCGACAUUUGCCUGAAGUUCCUUUGACCGAGACAAUCAUCUCUUGAGAUAUCCCUACUUGCUACUAACGGUAUCUGCACAUCAGAUUCCAAAUUGAGUUGAAACCAUAAGGGCAAUUUCCUAAAGACGGCCGUUCAGCAGUAAGAUAGUAUGAAAUUCAUCUAAUGUGCUUUAGCCGUCCACACUUUGAGGAAUUUUGUUCAUCUUUGACACAAAUUUUGCAGCAACAAAACUGAAGGGUAGUUCAAAGUCACUUUUGAAAGUCGAGUGCAUUACUCCAAACUUUUGCUUUCAUAUCAGCAAAUAGAUCUUGUAUGCUUAGUAAUUAGUACAAAGAUCGCUUUGUAAUUAGUAAAUGUACUAUAUAUACAUGCUUAAAGUCGGCAGGUGAUUGUACCAGAAUAUUGCGAUCACUCCUUUGUUAAAUAGUUGUUUUAUCAUUUAUGUA